AAUCUUGUCAUGAAAUUCUGUUCUAGGAAAGAUCCAAAAUUGUAAAUUCGUAGUAAAGUAAAAAUCACUAAAUUUUUAAUUAUUUUUAUGACUUGAUCCAAAUUUUUGGUAAUGGCACUUCCUGCUGUUGCUAAAAUAGCAGCAAAAUCAGCAGUUCAUCUCGUUCGGGAAUCCACUCUUCACAAUCUUUUAUCACAUUUUCCAAAAAAGUGUAAUUAUGCAUUUGCUUACGGAUCCGCCGUAUUUGCGCAACAGGGACAGAAACAAGGAGGAAAGAUGUUGGACCUCAUUUUUGUUGUGGAUUCACCAGUUGAAUGGCAUGAAGAGAACAUGGCACUCAAUUCCAGUCACUACUCUGCCCUGAGAUAUUUUGGCCCCAGAUUAAUUGCAAAGGUUCAAGAAUCAAUGGCUUCUGGGGUGUAUUACAAUCCGUUCGUUACAUUGGACGGACAGCUCAUAAAGUACGGCGUGAUAAGCACAUCUGCUCUGGAAAGAGAUUUGACCAAAUGGAACCAAAUCUAUAUUGCGGGACGAUUGCAUAAACCCGUUUUGGAAUUACAACCCCCAUCCUCAGCAAGUUUGAUGAGAGCGUUAAAUUUUAAUCGAGAGUCCGCCUUGAGAACUGUUCUUCUUCAGGAGGGGAGAUAUUUGUCGAAAUAUACUCUGUUUCACGGAAUUACAGAGUUGUCUUAUUUGGGCGACUCGAGAAUGAAAUUGGGCGAAAAUCCGGAUAAAGCGAGGAAUAUUGUGAUCCCCAUGAUGGGUGAAUUUGAAGCCGUGUAUGCCCCAUUAAUUCACGGGCUCAAGCCCAUGGUGGAGGUAAACGCGGAUGGUCUCAUCGUUCAAAAUACCACACCACAAGAACGGUUCAAACACUUGAUGGCACUUCCUAUCCAAGUUCAAAUAAACCUUUGCCGUCAGCUAUUCCGUGACCCUCGUCUCUGUGACAUUGAAGAAGUCAUGGCUGAAUUAAGCUACAUGCCCACCCUUCGCAAUUUUAUUCGAAACUCAAUCACCGACGUGGUUUGGGGAUCAUCCAUUCUACAAACUGUUCAAGGUUUGCUCUCCGCCGGGAUCGUCCGUUCAGUCAAGUAUGCUUGGGAAAAGCUACAAAAGGGGCGAGAGGGGAGACAGAUGCAACAGGAAAGAAUGAAACGCAGUAGUCAGCAUCAAAUUGAUAAUCACAACGACGAGGACCAAUACCAUCAACAUUUCCGUAGUCAGCAGCGUAAAACGUAACGUAACGGAAGAAAAACAUAAUUAAAAAUAAGUCUAGUCAACGUCCGAACAAGUUUACAUACUUAUUAUUACAAUUUCCAAAUCUUAGAAUUUAUAUAUUCCAAAAUUACGCCAUAUACAUGAACUGCAGUCGAUUGACAAUAAAUUGACAACGUAUAUAUUUUAUCACGUGAACGAAAAC